AUGGCUGAGAUCGAUCCGUCGACGACCAUCACCGUCCUCGACCGCUCCCCGCAGCCAGGUGUCUUCCCCAGCCGUGACGCCUCCUCCAUCGACACAUCCCGCAUCAUUCGUGCCGACUACGCCGACCCGGCCUACGCCGCACUCGCCGCCGAGGCACAGGAGAUAUGGCGGCAGCCUGACGGGUGCGGCGGCGAAGGCCGUUACAAGGAGGACGGGCUGAUCAUCACCACCAACGACGCCACCAGGAAGACGUCCGGCGUCGACUACGCCCGCACCUCGUGGGAGAACGUCCGCGCCCUGGCCGCCGACGACCCCGCCCUCUCGGCUAAGAUCGAGGAGCUGCCCUCGCCCUCGGCCAUCCGCGAUGCCUACGGCACGGGCGGCGGCAACGGUGCCUGGGGCUACAUAAACCGGCGGUCAGGGUGGGCCGACGCCGAGGCGUGCAUGGACUGGCUGCAUGCCCAGGUGCGCGCCACGGGCCGCGUCACCUUCGUCAACGGGACGGCCGCCUCGCUCGCGUGCAGCACGUACAACAGGCGCACGCCGCAGGUGCGGGGCGUCAGGCUCGCGGACGGGUCCGAGCUGCAGGCGGACCUGACGGUGCUGGCCACCGGCGCCUGGACGCCCGGGCUGGUCGACCUGAGCGGGCGGGCCGUGGCCACGGGCCAGGUGCUGGCGUACAUGGACCUGACGGACGAGGAGCAGGCGGCGCUGGCCGGCAGGCCAACGCUGCUGAACCUGUCGACGGGGUACUUCAUCAUCACGCCCGCCGGCAAGACCCUCAAGGUCGCGCGGCACUCCUACGGCUACCUGAACCCGACGACCAAGUCAUCAUCCUCGUCCUCCGUCAUCUCCGCGCCAGCCACGCACCUGACCGACCCGCCCACGCAGUCCAUCCCGCCCGCCGACGAGGCGGCCCUCCGCGCCGCCAUGCUCGAGAUGGUGCCCCUCCCGUCCCUGCGCGACCGCCCCUUCAGGGAGACCAAGCUGUGCUGGUACACCGACACGGUCGACGGCGACUUCAUCAUCGACUACCACCCGGACUACAGGUCGCUCUUCCUCGCGACGGGCGGCAGCGGCCACGGCUUCAAGUUCCUGCCCGUCAUCGGGGACCGCAUCGCCGCCACCAUGUUCGGGCGCUGCCCCGAGGCCUUCAGGGGCAAGUGGUCCUUCCGCAAGGACGGGUCCGAGAGGGCCGCGGCCUGGGACAAGGUGGUCACCGAGGACGGGAGCCGUGGCGGCGUGCCGGGUUUGAUUCUACGGGAGGAGAUGGAGAGGAAGGACCCUGGCAAGAGGACGUCACGAUUGUGA